UGAACUGUUUCUACCCAGCAUGCACAGCAGCAGACCAACCCAUGCAUGAACUCAAACGGAGCCGGUUGGUUAGAGAAGCCGGUGGCUCUCACCACUGGGCUGGUCCGGGCCGAACUGGCCCUGCUGGAAGCAGAUGAAAUGAAUCCUCAGUUUGAAGUUUCUCUGAGCGGUUCUGAUGAAGCGGGCCCCAUCAGGGCCCAGUCAGCAGCAGCCAAUCAGCAGCCAGCUCUGCCUGCUUGGGUCCAGUCAUGUGACCCGGAGUUUAAAUCCAGACUGACGGCGCCGAGCCAACAGAAGCCUCGAGACGACGGCCGACCUCACCUGGCAACACUUCCUGUCCUGCGAGACGCACCGCCUGACCUCCACUGACCUCUACUGACCUCCACUGACCUCUACUGACCAGAGGAGUUUCUGUCAACAUGUGAUCAGAGCAGCAGGAGGAAACCAGGUGAGUCUGCAAUACAAUGAUCCUCCAUGUCUCCUUCGUGUCUCCGUGUCUCCUCCAUGUCUCCUCCGUGUCUCCUUCGUGUCUCCGUGUCUCCUCCAUGUCUCCUCCGUGUCUCCUCCGUGUCUCCUCCGUGUCUCCUCCGUGUCUCCUCCGUGUCUCCGUGUCUCCUCCGUGUCUCCGUGUCUCCUCCGUGUCUCCUCCGUCUCAGUGGCUUCACUUUAAUCCGUCUCGGUCGGUGGAGCAGCAGCAGUUUUUCCAUUAGUGGAUCAUGUGAGCUUCCUGAGCUUCCUGCAGGAUUUCGGCUCCACACUUGAAUCCUUUCAUCAGUUUGAAACUUGAAGCGUCUCCUGAUGUUUCAUGUUUUAACUUUUUACUGAAUAAAUAAUAAACUGUUUGCUCUGCUAACCAAUCAGAAGCCAGGAUGUUCCCACCUGUAAACACGCAGCAGCUCCACCUGAAAUCAGAUGAGGUUUCUGAGCCUAGCAGGAGUAUUAUGGGAUGCCUGCUGCUUUCUGCCUGCUGAGGAAGAGGAGGAGAGCCUUCAUCCUGUCAGAUUAGAAAACCACGUGAGUCUGUUUCCCUCUGAGGCCAAAAUAACCCAGAUUUGAUUAAAGUCCUGCAAACUGGACAUGGAGACGCCACAGGAAAGUAAGUACACCCUCCAGCUGCAGGUGGAGGAGCGCUGGUCCAUUCAGGUUCUGCUCAGAUUACCGGUCAGGCAGACGCCUGGACUUUGACUAGGCCAUUGCAGCACCUUGAAUCUCUUUGUUUCAGUCGUUCAGAUCUGCUGCUGUUUGGACCCGGAUCCCAACCCAUCACACCUCCACCGCCGUGCUUCACUGCAGCUCUGCUGCGCCUGGUUUCCUCCAUCUUGGUCCAAAGUCUCGUCUCUCCAGAGGAAAUUGUCCCAGAAGUCUUUGCUCUGCUAGCCUCAGUCUGGCAGCCAUCUUGUUUCUGACAGAACCUUUCCAGUCAGCUGUGCUGGUUCAUUGUCUUGACCUUUGAACUUUGACCUGCUGCCUGCAGAGUCAGAGGAGGACCUCUGACCUUCCUCUCUGAACCUGCUGCAGGUGUCAUCCGUCGGCCAUCUUUGUUCUCCGCCGCCAUGCCGACCACCGCUGUGGGCAGGAAGCUGGAUUUGUCCAGACUGACGGACGAAGAGGCCAGACACGUGUGGGACGUCGUCCAGAGAGACUUUGACCUGCGGAGGAAGGAGGAGGACCGGCUCGGCGAACUGAAGAGUAAAAUAGAGAAAGAAGACACCAAGCGGGAGCUGCUGGGGAGCCGGAGCAGCCUGGCCGAGUCCUACUGCAUCCGCUGCCUUCAGCCCUUCAGGUUCCUGGUCAACGUCAAGCGUCAGUGUUUGGACUGCCAGCUUUACGUCUGCCGUUCCUGCAGCCGCCUCAGCAGGAGGGAGCAGGGCUGGCUGUGUGAGCCCUGCCACCUGGCCAGGGUUCUGAAAAUUGGUACGUUGGAGUGGUACCAUGAGAACGUCCGGGCCCGAUUCAAGCGCUUCGGCAGCGCCAAGGUGAUGCGAUCUCUGUUUAAGAGGCUGAGCGGGGAACACAGCCGCUCCCAGAGCGACCCCACAGAGUCCCCAGAGUUUGACACCCGCAGUGAGCCGGAGUGCCACAGUGAGUUCAUGUUCUCCAGUCGUUUUAUUAAAACUCAUCUUUUCCAACCAGCAGGUGGAUAUGAGGAGCUCAGCCUGGAGGCAUCAGACUCUCCAAACCUGCAGAUGAAGAAGGCCAAACGGAGGCUGACUGUUGAUCCUGUUGAUUUUGUCCUCGGCUUCGAUUACUCAGCAAACUCCAGACCUCAGGAGGAUCAGGCCUCCGGCGCUCAGGACGCCAUGGACCCGAUGCUCACUGAGGCUGACAUGCAGGACGUUUUCCACCAGAACCUCCAGCAGGACAACCAGAGUCUGGACCUGGAGAUGCAUAAUCAGCAUGAUGAAAUGGCGUUUGCGGAGACCCGGCCCGUCCCGUCCCGCUCCGUGUCCCGGCUCAGCUACUCGUCCUGCGGCAGCGGCAGCAUCGGCCUGCGGGGCGGCAGCAGCUUCCUGCCCAGCCUGGACGACUCCGAGGCCGAGGACGACCUUUGCCCCCGGGUCCCGGUGUACCGGUCCCACCCGGACCCCGGCAGCCACACGUCUCAGGAGAGCCUGAGCUCAGCCGGCGCGGCGCCGCAGAUCGGUGACCUGAACAAGCGAAUGUCGGCCAUUGAGACGCUGCUGAGCUGCUUGGAGCAGAAAGUGACGCCGGCUAACAGGAAGGACGUCAGAACCGCUCAGAGUCCGUCCCCUCCUCGUCUUCCUCAGUGGGAUGAAGAGGAGCUGGAGGAGCAGCAGCUCCGGCUGAAGCUGCACCAGCUGACCCACAACAUCAGCGACCAGAGCCUGAGCUCUGAGGAGGACGAGCCGGGCGGAACCAGGACCAGGACCAGAACCAGAACCAGGACCAGAACCGGGCUGGAGGAGGAUCUGAAGGCCGACCGCCUCCCACUGAGCCCCGACACCAAGCAGCGCCCCCCGCUGGAGCCGCCCAGAACUGCAAGCAGAGGCUCCACCUCCUUACUGCUGGAGCUGGAGGACAGAGUUGCUCAGGCGGCCGCCGACGUGCAGAGCGCCCAGAGCCAGGUUUCCUACAUCGAGGACCGGAUCGCUGCACUGAGCACCGCUGGGGGCCCAACAGACCGCAGGAGGAGGUCGGCGAUCCCGGUCCGGACUCGGAGACUCUCCCACAACGUUCCCAGCAGUAAGCGCCGCGACCCAACAGGGCGACCCGCCAUGUCCCGCCUUAGGUUUCCUCUUCUGGUGAUCAGGAGAAUUGUGUUAAAAUAACAAAGAUGAAAAAAUUAUUCAGGUUUAU